AUGUCACAGUCAAAGUCUCUCGCUGAUCUGUCAAUGGGCGUCGCUACACGUUUCCGCAAGGCUAGUCCAGUCCAACUUGGAGCUUUUGAUUUGGGUAGAAAGUCCGCCGCUGGGCUUUCAUCGUACACUAAGAAAAUCGAUGGCUAUGAUUCCACGUAUGUGGGAUGUUCUGCAUCCUUGAAGCUUGUCCCAACGCCAGCAUCACCAUCACUAGUCAGUAUGUCUACCAAGGUUGGGUAG